UCCAAUAUAAACAAGCCGCCUUCACCUAAAAAAGAAGCUGCAGAAAAAAAUGAAGAUUCAACUGAUAAAUCUGAUAAUCAGAAUGUUCAUAAAUUAGUCUGUAAACCCAAAACUGAGCCUGUAGAAACACAGAAAAAAGAUUUUGGGACUAUUUUUGAGGCUUUGUCUAAAUGUACUAUCAGUUCUGAAGAAGAAGCUGCAGUUGCCCUUCAGUCUGUAAGCAUAUUAAUGAAUUUGUUGAUCCGUUAUAAUCUGCGGCAUCUGCCUUGUGAUGUUGUUGAGAAUUCAGUGAAGUUGCUUCACAGCAGAAAGCCAGAAAAUAUAGAAGAACUUGUCACUUUAAUUAAUGGCAAUAAAACAUUUCCAGAAGUACAUGAUACAGACACUGUAAUUGAGAAGGAAGUAGACAAAAAUGAAGAUAACACAAAUAAUAUUUCUAAUUCUAAGAGCACUGCAAAUCCUUGUUCUGAUGCAAUUAAAGAUGUUCCGGAAAGUGCCGAUUUGAACACGUUUAAUGGGAAUGGCUCUAACCCUCAAAGUGGUAUAAACAUACAAGAAGGUAAUUCAGAAGAAUUUGAGUCGAAAAAUGAAACAUCUAAUCUAAGUAUUACUUCUGGGUAUCCUGUACCAAAUGUGAAUGCAGAUGCUGUUAAAACAUCUAAUUUUGAAGCAUCUUCUUGUGAUAGCGGACAGAUAUCUAGUGAUUUUUUACCACCACCAUUUUUUGGUUGGUCUAACAGAAAUGAUAUGCAGACCAUGUCUAACCCAUAUCCGAUGCAACAGGAAAAUUUUAAUCCCAUGGCAUGUUAUGGUACUUACCAAGCUUCACCUGGGUUAAUAUAUUUUCAGCAGCAGCAAGCUCAGUUGAAUACAAACUCUGCAUACUCUGGCACUCAGUAUCCCAAACAGUUUGCAGCAUCUCUUCCUAAACAGAUUCCAGGGGCUUCAAAUGCAAUGCAGACUCUAGGAACAUGUGCUCCACCACCACCACCUCCACCUCCACCACCUCCGCCACCUCCAUUACCAUUGUGCAAUCCACCUUUGCCACCUUCUCUUGUCGGUCCAACAUUCUCUUCGACAAAUACCGCAGCACCACCAUUGCCUAACAAUCCUCCACAUUUGUCACAGAUGCGAUCGUCAACUGUUACCUCUCAGAGAAUGUUUUGAAAUAACUAUUUUCUGAGAAAGCUGUGAAUAAAUUAUAUUUUAUUCUAGUUUUUCUCAUAACAUGCAUAUGACAGUUCAAUAUAAUUCUGCCUUUUUCGUGUAAUAUUUGUCAUGUUUUUUAAAUAAAGAAUUAUUUUUGUGUU